AUGGAUUGGCUUCGAGCGUUUCGUCAUCGAGAUGUGCCUAUGUCGCCGGGUGCGUCCUGGUGGUUUACGAUGUGGAUUCCGGCGCCCAAUCGCACCUCAUGUCAGGAACUCAAACCUGCAGUGUUAGUGUGGGACGUUGAGACACUAGCCUUGGUGUCUGAGCUUAAAGGUCAUCUGUUUGGAGUUGGAUGCAUUGCAUUCUCACCUUAUGGAAGACAUUUGGUGUCUGUUGGAGGAUACAUCCAUCUGUGGGAGUGGCGGAUUGGUAUGCUGGUUACAAAGCUUAAAGCAAGUGCAUCUUGUUCUGCUAUUUCAUCAGUUAGCUUCUCAUUAGAUGCGAAAUUCGUUAUAACUGCUGGGAAGAAACACUUAAUGUUCUGGACUUUUAGAUCAUCCCCAAAGACUCGUAUAAGUAAAGGGAAUGUAUCAAUGACAAUGCAUGGAAAGGCUGUCAAUCUUGGUCUUCAGAAGGGAAGGUCAUUUAUAUCUGUAACAUCCUCCCUAAGAACUGAUAAAACUACUAUGUGUGGCCAGGCUGGUGAAUUUUUCCCCUUAUACGCAUUAACUGAUGCAGGUGUUUUGUGCCUUAUACAUUCUGGUUUGUCAGUAAGGAAGUCUAUGGAUUUAAAGAAGAAAGCAAGCAAGAAGCUAAUUGUUUGUGCUUGUAGUAGUAGAAUAGUGCGACUCUUCACCAUUGAGACCCUUGAAUAUGCUGGAAGUCUGUCAUAUUCAAAGGAUAAAAAAGGUGGUGGGAUUGGGAAUAAUGACAUUUUUUUGUCAUAUUCAAAGGAUAAAAAAGGUGGUGGGAUUGGGAAUAAUGACAUUUUUUUCCCUAAUAAAGAUGUGGAAACAGAUUUUCAACUUUAG